CUCGAUGAUGGCUCAUACAUCAUUCUGUCAAAAUGGGUCCUCGCAAAAGCUUCAUUAUUGCUGAUUUCAUAUUGGGCGUCAUCUGCAUUAUCGCUGUCAUCGGAGAAUCACAGCAACUUCCAACAGCAACCUCCAACAGUUCAGGACAAUAUAACAACGUUACUUUUGAAUAUAAUCAUAACGAUAAAGUUAUAAAUACAAAAACUGUAAAUGGAAAACCUGUGGACGUUGUUAUUUUGCCGAUCAAUAAAAUGGUACCGGUUGAUUUCAUGCCAUCAAAAAAUUUGGAUAAGUUACAUCAAUUCCCGGCAAUCGCAUCUAGUAUAACGUUAUUUCCUCCCUCUCAUAAUCAACUCAUUGAAAUAUUAACAAUUAAGAAAAAUCAAGCCGCAGCUUCCGGCGAUGGUGAUGAAAUGACAACAUACAAAACUCGCAUUUACUCUAAUGCCAGUAGCGAUAGAAUCAUGUACCACGGGUACGAUGGACGUUUAGUAUGGAGUCAACUUAUGAGUCUUGUACUCAAGAAAGAGGUUGCGGACACGAUCUACAAAGGCGCGCCGAUAUUCUCGUCUGAUACAAAAAAAAUUAUAUCCUUUGUAACUGCUCGUGAAGAAUACACAUCUGCGGAUGGUGAGAAACUUGUUCUUUUUCCACUGACUGGAAUCAAACCUCAAGGUUAUUCUUCAGGACAAAGCCUACACGAAUCCACAGGAGAUAUUUUACAAUACGACACUCAGGGUAAAUUUUCUGUAUACGGUAGGCGUAUGAUGCCGUAUCGCGAAUUAAAAGCUUACAUUGAAACGGUCGUGACUCCGGAAAAUAUCCAAAACAGUCGAUCGAAAAAACACGAAUCUGUCGUAUUUUAUGGUAAGAAUGAUGUUACUCUCACAUGUGUUCAGGGUGACGUUGAAAUUGCAAGAACUCGAAUCGGAUGCAAUUUAAUAAAACCCUCUGUGCAGUAGUUUUUUUAAAAAAAGGAAAAAAAUUAUCUGGAUCUUUAUCGCAAUAAAAUUUCGUUUCACUUAAAAAAUAUUAAAUAUUCUUGAGAAAAUUUAGAAAAGGAUUAAAACCCUAUAAACUAUAUAGGAAUUUGAAAAUACCCGAUAUACAUUUCAAUUCAAUAUUAUAUCCGAUUGUAAUCUAUGAAAUAACAAGAUAAAAAAAUUGAGCAACUUUUACUUAAAAGUAUAAGUUAAAACUACAAAAAUCAUAUUGUAAUCGUAAAACGUUAUGGAAACUGUGUAAUUGUUACUAUCUUGAGAAUAAAAUUUGUGUUUACAUUUA